CAGUGACUUCUCUGCCACAGUGCAUCUUCAUCCUUCUGCCACUGCCGCAGUCAGAUCCAAAAUGUGGGCACUGACAGCUUUUCUGCUUCUGGUUCCAAGCAGUGGGCAAGCUGCUACUCUGGAGAAGCCCAUAUUGUCUCUACACCCACCUUGGACCACGAUCUUCAAGGGGGAGCGGGUAACUUUGAAGUGUGAUGGAUACCACCCACUGCUCCUGGAGCUCCGGCCCAUCAACACUCUCUGGUACUUGGGCCACCUACUUCUGCCCUCUCACAAGAAGAGCAUUGAGGUGCAGACACCAGGGGUGUAUCGAUGCCAGACACGGGGAGCACCAGUCAGUGAUCCCAUCCACCUCUCGGUAUCCAAUGACUGGCUGAUCCUGCAAGUGCCCUAUGCUCCAGUGUUCGAGGGCGAGCCGUUGAUCCUGCGCUGCCGCGGCUGGUACGACAAGGUGGUCUACAAGCUACACUACUACCACGACGGCCAGGCCGUGCGCUACUUCCACUCCAGCGCCAACUACACGGUGUUGCAGGCGCGAGCCAGCGACAGCGGGCGCUACCAGUGCUCGGGCACCAUGCGCAUCCCGGUGGAGAGCGCGCCCAUGUUCUCUGCUAAGGUGGCUGUGACCGUGCAAGAGCUGUUCCGGGCGCCAGUGCUAAGGGUGACGGGUCCGCGGGAGGCCCGCGGCGCAGCGCUGGGCGGGGUGGUGCUGCGCUGCGACACGCGCCUGCACCCGCAGAAGCGCGACACGCCGCUGCAGUUCGCGUUCUAUAAGUACAGCCGCGCAGUGCGCCGCUUCGACUGGGGCGCCGAGUACACCGUCCCGGAGCCCGAGGUCGACGAGCUCGAAUCCUACUGGUGCGAGGUGGCUACAGCCACGCGCAGUGUUCGGAAACGCAGUCCGUGGCUGCAGCUCCCGGGGCCGGGUUCUCUCCUGGACCCGGCCUCCACCACAGCCCCAGCUCCACCGGCCGCAGCCUUGGCUCCUAGUAACAAGCCGCUUUCCUUCAGAAAGCCCCCGGUGUCCAGAUGGGUCCUGUCGGUCACCUCCGUCCCGAAUACCACCUCCACCGGGCUGCAGUUUCCGGCGGGCGGCGUCCCGACUGCGGGGCCGCCUGCCUGCUCUCCGCCGACGCCCUUGGAACAAUCGGCUGGAGCCCGGAAACCCGACGUGGACCUUCUGCUCCGAGAAAUGCAGCUGCUCAAAGGCCUUCUGAGCCGGGUGGUCCUGGAAUUAAAGGAGCCACAGGCCUUCCCGGAGCUCAGGGGAACGCCCGAGACCCCCACCUCCCACUUUGCCGUGAGCCGGGGAACCCCAGAGACCACUUUUGUAGAGAGCUGAGGGGCGGCUACCGUCCGGUCUGCAGGCUCAUUCCUCCCUGGUCUCUCCUGCUUCCCCCCACGCGGAGUCCUUUGAAAGACAUCCGUUUGCAUCCUUGCGUUUUG